GUCCUGGGAGCCCCAUUCAAGAGUUGAAUCAUCUGCAAGUGCUCAGUCUCUCCCAUAGGGGGCAGUAAUGAAUCUCUGCGGCACUAACUCCAGCUCGAGAUAAAGGACUUCCGUUGCUCUGUUCCGUCACAGUUAUCUGCAGCGAGAUAGUCAAGAUGGCAGGCCGUCGUGCAGCCCUGAAGGCUAUUGACUGGUUAGCAUUUGCUGAGCGGGUUCCACCCAACCAGCGGGGCAUGUUCAACGCUUUGAAGACUCGCACUGAUGCCAUCUCUGCAAAACUAGCCUCCCUGCCUGAGACUCCUGCAGCCAUCGACUGGAGCUAUUACAAGAGCGCUGUAGCUAAACCAGGGAUGGUUGAUGAGUUUGAGAAGAAGUUCAAAGCUCUGCAGAUCCCUGAGCCCAUCGACACACAGACAGCCUCCAUCAGUGCACAGGAGGCUGAGGCUAACAAAAAUGCGGCGUCCUACAUUGAAGCAUCAAAGGCCCGUAUCACUAUGUAUGAGCAAGAGCUGGAUAAAUUUAAGAACAUGAUCCCCUUUGAUCAGAUGACCAUUGAAGACCUGAACAAUACCUUCCCUGAGACCAAGUUAGACAAGGCCAAGUAUCCUUACUGGCCUCACAAGCCCAUUGCAGAGCUGUAAUCCCAAUACCAGGCACUCAUGUCUCAAUAAAGAUUAUGUAUUUUAAGGAGAA